CCUCCCCCUCCCCCUCCCCGCCCAUGGCCUUCGCGCCGGAGGCGAUGGAUCUGGAGGCCUCCCCGCCGCCGCCGCCGCCGCCGACGGUGCUCUGCUCGAUCUGCCUCGACCCGGUGGCUUGCGGCGAGGGGGCGAGGUCCACCGCGCGGCUGCAGUGCGGCCACGAGUUCCAUCUAGACUGCAUUGGAUCAGCAUUUAAUGCAAAAGGAGCGAUGCAGUGCCCAAAUUGUCGGAAGAUCGAGAAAGGCAACUGGCUCUAUGGAAAUGAACGCCAACCAUGUAACCAUUCUGAUACAGAUGGCUGGCUGACUGGUGAAACCUUUGAAUACCCAUUUGAAUUUGGGUGGUGUCCCUUCGAUAGUUUGACACCAUUGACCUCUGUGUUUGGGGAAAGUGAAUCUCAGCCCACUUCUUUUCUAGAUUAUUUAAGAGUUCUGCAUGGUUUUCAUCAUCCAAUGUAUGCGCCUUCUAGUUCUACUGCCAGCACUGAAAGUAUACCAUUCCAUCAACGUCUAACUGGUACGGAAGGUCAUGCAACUACAGAUUUGAGAAAUAUUCAAGUUUUCCAUGAAAUUGAGCCAAGAAGCCAUGAGAGAGAGCAGCAGUAUUUAGGUAAUCUUCAAAUGCCGGGAGCAGUCAACCAUUCCACAGCCCCACUUGGCAUACCAAUACCAAGAUAUGAUGGCAGCAACCAGCAAAGAUCACGACCACAUAUGCAUCCUCAUUCCUUAUUCCACAGGCCGACAGCUCGCAGAGUAAGCAGUCCUGUUGCACAUUUGAGGUCAACAGCUGCUGUGUCUGAAACUAGAGGCCAUGGUCAUGGUAUGGCAAGUCAUAUUGCUCAACAGACAGUCCCAUCAUCCAUGGCAAGCAGUCCACAACCUCCGACCAGAAGGGUUCGUCCGAGGGCUUUGUCAAUCACAUCUUUCAUUGCAGCCUCAUCGUCAGCUGAGACCAGAGGCACUAAUGACUUUCCUCUCACUGAAACUGCAAGCAUCACAAACAGUAACCUCCGUAAUCGUGUGGGUGCCCCUAGACAUGCCAAUCAAUCAUACAGCUGGAGUUCGGAGACCUUCUGGCCGCCAAAUGGAGAACCUCACUGGUGGAGUGCGAUGGCCCCUGUACAUAAUCAAUCUUAUGAUAAUUUUGGUGGAAGAUCAGCCACAGAGCUGCUGUCCAUAUAUGGUGCACAAAAUGGUCUACCUACUCCGCGAUUCAUGUGAAUACUGUUGUUCCCCCAUUGUGUGUAUAUCCCGGAGAUGGCCAAACAUUGAUUUUAUUUCAGCAAAGAGUGCGUAAGAACUAAGAACUGAGGCUCCAGCGUCAGGUACUCGGAUUGCUGUCGUCAAUCAUCAUCUCAUGUUGAUGCUACUGGUAUUUCGUACCAUUGUGGUUUUCUGGAAGGCAACCUCAUGUUAGUUUCUUCAUGUGAAGAAACAAUCGUCUCGGUUUAAGUGACAAUAUUGUUCGGAAAUCUUAUAUAUGCUAGUCCGGAAUCAUUGUUUGGAGGAAAAUGCUGCUGAAAUGACGUUGUCAUUGAACCAUAAUAUUAUUGAAUGAAAUGCUUCUGCUGUUUAUGUUGAAUCA